AUGUACGACCCAUUAGAUAACCAGAGCUAUGUGAAUAGCACGAUAUUCCACUUGCUUGUUCUGGAGCUAGUUCCCACGGCGAUUAGGGUUAGCAAGCAGGUGAACGAGACGGGGAUUGGUGGGGACACCGAGUUCAAGCCCACGACGAUGGAAACGGUUUUGUCGGACGCCAACGACGAUAAGCCUGGAACGGUGGGAAUUCUUGAGUCUGAAGGCGCAGGAGGUGAUGAUGUGACAUUGAGGGUGGAAAAUUACGGGUUUGACAUCGGGUUGAGGAUGUCGGAGUUGAUCAUGUUCAAGAGCUCGAACCAGAAGAUGGUCGAUAUCUUGGAUAUCAUGAAAUUUGUGUGUCGGGAUGUGUGGAGAGUAUUGUACGGGAAGCAGAUGAGCAAUUUGCGGACAAAUCACAGGGGUACGUUUGUGUUGGUUGACAAUAGCUACAAAUUGAUCGAGACGAUGAUGAGCGACAAGGGAGCCUUGGACACGGUCAACAAGUGCAAGAAUUAUCUCUGGUUCCCGUGUGGGGUGAUAAGAGGCAUUCUCAUGAGUUUUGGAAUCGAGGCCGAGGUGCAUGCUGAGGUGAACCAGUUUCCAAGCGUAACCUUCAACAUCCAAACAGGCAUCAACAACUAG